GGGGGGCUCUGCCCGGGCAGUCAGGGCCGCCAUUGCCUCGGUGUUGCAGCAUGCGCAGUCCCUGCCGGGUUCCCGCGACUGGCAGCCGGGGCACAGAGCUGAGCAGACGGGCAGGCAGAGGGCUGCGGAGAGGCAUGUGGGCUGCGGAGGAACUGAAAGGUGCCGAGUGUCACAGAAGGUUUAUUAGGCGACAGGAACACGGCGUAGGGCAGAAUUCGUUAGCACAGAAAUCACAGAUUUUCAGCCAAGUCCAGCUUGGGGAGAGGGGAGCCCAGAGCCAGGGCUCUGCCCUCCCCCUGCGCCCCAAGCCAGCCCAGACUGCUGCCUGGCCCCUGCCCUGAAGGUUACUCCUCCUCCGGCCUUUGUCCCACUUCCCAGGCCAAGAGUCCCCUGUUUGCAUCCCACUCCUGGGUCUCAGGUUACGGCCAGAGCAUCCCUGCAGGCAGCUGGAGCAGCCCCCCCAAGUCACACGCCCUUAUUCCCACCACCGAGGUAUUGGUGCAGCACACAGGGAAACUGAGGCACACACAGCAUUCAUGCAAAACAGUAAGACUCACAUACAACAUAACAAGGGACAAUCCCCACUUUGACACCAGAGGAACUGAAAGCUGCGGAGGAACUGAAAGCAUGUGGGGAUCCUGGGCCCCUCGUCUUGCAGCCCUGAAGCCUGUUUGAACUCGGAUCCCCCUUCCCCUGUCAGGAUGCCGCUCCGUCUGCUGCUCCUCCCCUGGGCAUGGGGGGCCCUGGCCUCCUCCCCUCCUGUCACUCCAGUGUCUGUCACCCUCCGGGUGCUCCACAUCGACGUCUUCCACAACGCCAGCUCCACGGACAUGGCGGGGAUGGCCCUGCUGGGCGACCUGGAGACCCACUCCCUGGCCUGCAGCACCUGCGAGAUCCGCUUCCUGCAGCCCUGGGCCCGGCAGGGCCUGACCCCGAAGCAGUGGCAGGACCUGGAGCUGCUGAUCCAUCGCUACCUAUUCAACUUCAACCGGACUGUGAUCAGAAUAGCCCAGCAGCAGGGACAGGGCUACCCCUUUGUUACCCAGGGCUCCCUCGGCUGCGAGCUGCACCCCAACGGCACCUCCAGGGGAUUCUAUGACGCCGCGGUGAAUGGGGAGAACUUCAUCAGCUUCGACGUGGACGGAGGCACCUGGGUCGCUCGGCAGGGGGACAAGCUGGGUGCACUCUACACCCGGGACCUUCUCAUCCAGAAUAAGGGCGCAACCAUCACACUUCAGUUUCUCCUGAGAACAACGUGUGUCAAUCAGCUCAAUACGUUUGUCCAGUACGGGAGAGAGUCUCUGGAGAGGCAAGAGCGGCCGGUCGCCGUGGUGUUUGCCCGAGCGCCUCCCCCAGCCGGGCCCCCCGCGCCGGUACUGCUGGUUUGCCGGGUCACCGGUUUCUACCCCCGGCCCGUCCGCGUGGCCUGGCUGCAGGACGGGGAGGAGGUGGUGCCGGGCUGGUGGCUGAACUCCAGCGGGAUCCUGCCCAACGCGGACCUGACCUACCAGCUGCGCAGCUCCCUGGGCGUGGAGCCGGGCGCCGGGCACAGCUACGCCUGCCGGGUGCAGCACAGCAGCCUGGGGGGCCAGAGCCUGCUGAUCCCCUGGGAGCAGAGCAGGCCCUGGGGCCCCGGCCUGGCCGUGGGCAUCACCCUGGGGGUUGUGGCCGUAGCCGCCGUGGCCGUAGUGCUGUGGUGGAGGAGACGCAGGGUUCCCGCGACUGGCAGCUGCGGGAACAGAGCUGAGCAGAGACAGAGAGAGAGCGAAGUUGGCAGUGAGGGGCGUGGGCUGCAGAGGAACUUCCCUGACGCCCGCCAGAGCCCGGAUCCCCCUUCCCCUGCCAGGAUGCUGCUCGCUCUGCUGCUCCUCCCCUGGGCAUGGGGGGCCCUGGCCGCCUCCCCUCCUGUCCCCACAGCAUCUGUCACCCUCUGGCUGCUCCAAAUCGACGUCUUCCACAACGCCAGCUCCAUGGACAUGUGGGGGAUGGCCCUGCUGGGUGACCUGGAGACCCACUCCAUGGCCUGCAGCACCUGCGAGAUCCGCUUCCUGCAGCCCUGGGCCCGGCAGGGCCUGACCCCGAAGCAGUGGCAGGACCUGGAGCUGCUGAUCCAUCGCUACCUAUUCAACUUCAACCGGACUGUGACCAGAAUAGCCCAGCAGCAGGGAAUGGGCUACCCCUUUGUUACCCAGGGCUCCCUCGGCUGCGAGCUGCACCCCAACGGCACCUCCAGGGGAUUCUAUGACGCCGGAGUGAACGGCGACGACUUCAUCAGCUUUGACGCAGAUGCAGGGAAAUGGGUCGCUCGGCAGGGGGAUAACGUGGCUGCGCGCUACACCCGGGAUCUUCUCAACCAGGAUAAGGGCACAGCCAGCGCUCUUCAGUUUCUCCUGAGAACAACGUGUGUCAAUGAGAUCAAGAGCUUUGUCCAGCACGGGAGAGAGUCUCUGGAGAGGCAAGAGCGGCCGGUCGCCGUGGUGUUUGCCCGAGCGCCUCCCCCAGCCGGGACCCCCACACCGGUACUGCUGGUUUGCCGGGUCACCGGUUUCUACCCCCGGCCCGUCCGCGUGGCCUGGCUGCAGGACGGGGAGGAGGUGGUGCCGGGCUGGUGGCUGAACUCCAGCGGGAUCCUGCCCAACGCGGACCUGACCUACCAGCUGCGCAGCUCCCUGGGCGUGGAGCCGGGCGCCGGGCACAGCUACGCCUGCCGGGUGCAGCACAGCAGCCUGGGGGGCCAGAGCCUGCUGAUCCCCUGGGAGCAGAGCAGGCCCUGGGGCCCCGGCCUGGCCGUGGGCAUCACCCUGGGGGUUGUGGCCGUAGCCGCCGUGGCCGUGGUGCUGUGGCGGAGCAGACGCAGGGGCUACCAGGACGUUAGACCAGAGGAAUCCAGGCCCUGAGGGGGCGGCACCGGCCCAGGCGUGGGGAUCGGCCCCUCUCCUGGGGACAUGGACCUGUGCCCUGCUGUAAGCGAUUUAUCCUGGACUGGAACCCUCUGUUGGGUCCCAGCAGAGCUGCAUCGUCACUGCGGCGUAGUAUCCGCAGAGCCAGGUCAGUGAAGCUCUGGCUCAGAACCCCACGCAGCCACAUGGGAAUUGUUGGUUGAAGAUCAGUGACCAGGAGCCAGAAAGCACCAGCAGAAGCAGUGGAACUGAGAGACAGCCUAGAACAGCAACAAAAAGGGGCAGAAACUGGACUGAGAGAGAAGCAGGCCCUGGCCCAGCUGGAAACAGAAGCUGCUGAAAGAGAGGGACUGCUCGUAAGGGGCGCAUGGAGCUGCUGGCUGCUGAGGAGGGUUCGCCGGAUGCGACAGAAAGUGCCAGACUCCAGCUCCACGUGAAAAGAGCAAGGGAAGAACAGCAGAAACGGUCUCCUCUUGAGAGUCCAGGUUGUAACAGUGUUGGUGUGUUUGUUCCUCUGAGCAGUGUCUGUCUUGAACCAGUUUGCUAUGGCCAGGGAGAGGGUGACCGCUUGCUGGGGCCCCCAGGGCCGUCCUUAGGAUUUACGGGGCCCUCGGCAGGAUUAUUAAACUGGUGCCCCUGUGCCCCACGGCAGCCUGGCGGGGGCGGAGGGACAGGGCAGAAAGAACAAGGCGCCCGGCUCACCUCAUGGUGGGGGAGAGUCACCGUUCCCCGCAGAGACCCCUGUCCCCUCCCCUCCCGCAGAAUGGACGUGCAGAAGGUACCUAAUUGAAAGCACUAAACUUGGGAAUAAAAAAUGUCAGUCACAGGAUUUUUGAUCUGCCCUGAAGUUUGUCAGACAUCUGUUUGCAAACACUUGGUAGUCAGGGCGAGGCAGGCGUCCUGCUGAACCCAGCAUUCAGUAUUCUGCAAUACAGGAUGCAGCUCUUCUCUAGGUUACAUUUGCUUCACCAGUAUUUCUAAGCUGAUUUUAUAUUUGAAAUGUACUCUUACGCCUUCAUAAAGUAAUCCGUCCAGAUUGCUACAUAUGUAACUCACUGAAACCGACAGGGUUUGAAAUUAAUGAGUCACAGAGGUUUAGUGUGUUCAUAGCAAUGGUCAUUGCUUUCAGAGCAAGGGACACUAAUUUACUGUGGGUGAGGAAAUUUCACCAACUUUAAAAAAUAUGUUUGCAAAGAUUGUAGGCAUCACAAAGGGUUUUAUAUCUUACUAAGGUGCGGACUUUGCUAGUUCAUCGGAUAGUCAGAAGCAAAGAAAGGGAAACUUUGUCCAGCUAUCUGGAAGCAAAGGGCUGUGGCCUCCUUCAGUGUGGGGAGGGGGAGAGGGGUGAAGGGAGAACCGGAUGGACAGAAAGGACAGGAAGACUUUGGAAGGAAGUGUUUUUACUAUAGUCAUUAAAAUGGGUAUUUUAGAGAA